AUGCCACAAGGAAAUAGCACUGAAGUGACUGAAUUCUUUCUUCUGGGAUUCAGUGACCAACGCAAAUUGAAGUAUGUCAUCUUCAUUGUGUUUCUAGUGAUCUAUGUGACCUCCAUGGUGAGUAACGUUGGAAUGAUCCUACUCAUGAGGACAGAUUCCAGACUUCAAACACCCAUGUACUUUCUCCUACAACAUUUGGCUUUCGUUGACAUCUGUUAUACCUCUGCUAUCACUCCCAAGAUGCUACAAAAUUUGACAGUAGAAAAUAAAUCAAUAUCCUUUGGGGGCUGUGUCACACAAUUAUUGGUAUAUGCAACAUUUGCUACCAGUGACUGUUACCUCCUGGCUGCUAUGGCAGUGGAUCGGUAUGUAGCCAUCUGUAACCCACUUCGCUAUCCCCUAGUCAUGUCUCGAAGAACCUGCAUACAAUUGGUAGCUGGUUCAUAUGUCAUAGGCUCAAUAAAUGCUUCUGUACACACGGGUUUCACAUUUUCACUGUCCUUCUGCAAAUCCAAUGCCAUCAAUCACUUUUUCUGUGAUGUUCCCGCAAUUCUCAUCCUUUCCUGCUCCAACAUUGACAUCAACAUCAUGCUACUUGUUGUCUUUGUGGGAUUUAAUUUGAUGUUAACUGUGUUAGUUGUCAUCUUUUCCUACAUAUACAUCAUGGUCGCCAUCCUAAAGAUGUCUUCUACUGCAGGGAGGAAAAAAGCAUUCUCCACAUGUGCUUCUCACCUUACAACUGUCACCAUUUUCUAUGGAACCCUGUCAUACAUGUACGUCCAGCCUCAUUCUAAUAAUUCCCAGGAGAAUAUGAAAGUGGCCUCCAUAUUUUAUGGUAUUGUGAUUCCCAUGUUGAAUCCCGUGAUCUAUAGUUUGAGAAAUAAGGAGGUAAAAGAAGCUAUAAAAUUGAUGGGGAAAUAUUUCAUCUAG